UAAUACAGCCAUGUCAUUUCACCCUGAGGUUGAGCGGCUUUGGUGACUUCGCCGUCGGUGUACAGGAACAAGGUUGAUGCCCUCGCGCUUUUCGUCAGCUCCGAGCGAGAAGAAUACUCCGGUCACACGAAGUCCGUGAGAGCAGCAGCUCAUGGCCGGUUGAAAGCCAGGAGCAAUGUGCGAUAGGGUUGGGUGCUCGAGGAGCGAGGCACGCGUGGCGGUUGAAUUCACCCCAACCAGGGGCCCCUGACCUUGGCGGGCUGAGGCCCCGAAUGUGCGGGUAUGCUUCAACCUUCCUGGUCGUGGCGACAUGGCCGUGCUGUGUUUGCCCAAUGAAAUGCAGCGAGGCAGAUCGCCCUUGCAGCCCACCGUCGGGACAGCUUCGGGACAAGUCACGACGGGAUUCCCUCCCAAAUCCCGUCUCUUCUUCUGCUUCUUCUCUCCUUCUCCACCUUCUUCUUCGCCUCCUUUUGCUUUUGGCGGCACUUCCGUGUCCGCUCUCUGCCAGCGAGCCGCUGUGCCGCCGUGCCGCAGUUUCAGAUUCAGCCAACGGCGGCGCGUUCGCUCUACACUCCCGUCUCCCGAUGCUUAAUCGCACCCUCUGUCAUAAACAGCUCCUCCACGGGUUUCUUGGUGCGACCUGCAUCACGGCGGAGGGACCAGGCUGCCCCAUGACAUGCGGAUACGAAAGCUGGGACUGGGUGCAGUAACGAAUGCUCCUGCUGGACGCCAGCUGCUCCUCCGUUGCGCCAGCCCUCAUGUGCGCCCCGUAGCUGGAGGCGGCACCUCCAAGGGCACCUGCGCAGCCACGCAGUCCGUCACUGAUACACCAAGUGACUGGUUCUGCAAUUGCUCACGGGGGUGGCGGUGGCCAUGGCGAUGGCAUAGGCAGCAGCACCGCUUGCGCUUGGCAGUGCUGGUCGGGGUGAUAUGGGCAGCAAUAUCGAGCGUGACGGACCGGUAACCCAUGUGAAUGCGACAAUACACGGAGAUCACUCUGAAGCCCGACAUGCUGUCAUGCCAGCACGCAAGUAUGGUAUGCGCACGUGGAUGGCGGAGGGGCUAGUUUGGGUUCGCGGUUUCCGUACUCAUUUUACGAACGGGGGGUGGGAGUGUGGGAGACCGUGAGGGCAUGAUGGCGCAGGUUCGUAAUGUUGUGCAGCAGGCCUGCUGAACCUGUGACGCAUGCACUACCGUAUGCCACUAUCACAUUAACAGGACCCC